AUUCAGCUAGCACUACAAACAGAACAGAAAGGACUUUGCGUGCCCACGACCGAGAUCUCUCAAAAUACCUCUUGACGUGCAAAAAGUCAUUCCAUCCUCCUCAUAUAAGAGUUGUGCAACGCUGGUUUAGACAUUCCUACUUCAAUUUCAUACAGUUCACGUACAUUUGAAGCGCUAAUAUUGGAUCGCCAACAUGUUCUGGGAAUACCUAGACGAAAUCUUUUCGGCCCAUUCCUUUUUCAUCAUUUCUGUCGCCCUUGUGAUUAUUUGGUUGUCCUUAAGAUAUGCUUGGCCGUCGUCAGAUGGAAAACCACCUGGUCCUUGGAGCUUACCCGUUAUUGGCAACAUAUUCCUGUUCGGUAAAGCUCCUCACAAGAACGUCACAAGGCUCGCACAACAUUACGGAAGAAUCUUCUCCAUGAAACUUGGAAGUCGGGAGGUCAUUAUUCUUAACGACAUCGAUACUGUGAAAGAGGCUCUGCUUCAAAGAGGCUCUGACUUCUCGUCUCGUCCUCCCCUGCACAGUUUCAUCACUUCAAGUCGAGGUGAGAGAACGGUCGCGUUUACCGUUUUUGGGCCCAAAUACGCCAAGAACAAACGAGCGGCGGAGCUAGCCAUGCGAACCAUCCUUGACAAUGACACUUACCUCUCCAGUACUGUCCUCAAAGAGACGCAUGGUUUGAUCAAGAGUUUCCUGAACUCUGAAGAGAGCCGGUUUGAUCCUUCUUUUCUGCUGAGAUUCUUGGCCUGCAGUUUACAGUUUCGUUUGUUUUUUGGAGACACGUUGCGAGAUUCGUAUGUGAAGAAAGCACAAUUCAUGAUGGAUGGAUCGACUGACUUUAUAGAAAACAGUGCGGUAGGAAAUGGCGUGGACUUCAUGCCAUGGAUGAAGAGACUGUUCAAGAAACAAGUACAGAAGUUGGACGAAUCCGUGGCUGAACUUGUAGACUUUGUCAGGAAAAUGUACGUUUUGCUGAAAAGUGACUCAGGUUUACAAGUGAGCAGUGCUGGAGAGACUAGCUUUUGCAAAGCACUGGAACAGGUGGUACAAGACAAGGGGGCGUUGGAGUUCGGAAAUGAACACUUAGUAGACGAAAACGAUGAUGACAACUCAAGCCACUUCGACGACGAAAGGCUGAUUAACAUAGCAGCUGAGAGCUUUGGUGGAGGAUAUGAAAAGUUAUCCACCGCUCUUCGCUGGGCCAUAGCAUAUCUAGUGUCACACCGAGAUGUACAGACUGAGCUGCAAAGAGAGCUUCGGCGGGUUAAGGGAUCUUCGCCUUUGUCUCUUCACGAUAGAGACAAACUGCCUCUCUUGGAGGCGACAAUUCUGGAAGUCCUUCGAAUGAGCAGCUUCAUGCCUUUUGCCUUACCCCAUUGCACGACCCGAGACACCAGUGUGUCAGGAUACCCUCUGCCCAAAGGAUCAAUCGUAUUUAUAAAUCUUUGGGCAUGUUCUCGAGACGCCAAUUACUUUGACAGACCAGACGAGUUCAACCCCUAUCGUUUCAUGGACGAAAAGAGACUGAACAUUGUUCGCUCUCCUUGCUUCCUGGCGUUUUCUGCAGGGGACAGAAAAUGUCCCGGAGAGACCUAUGCAAAGUCUGUCCUUUUCCUGGUGCUGGGUACUUUGCUGCAGAAGCUUACACUUCGUAAUGGAACCGAGGACCCAAUUGAAGAUACCUUUGGAAUGAUGGUUCGCCCCAGGCCAUACAAGAUCCACGUUGAAGCUGUGUAGUGAACAUAAUUUUCAGAGCAGACGAUUUUAUGUCGCUUAAGAUAAUGAGGAAGUCCGCGUAGAAGGAUGAUGCACUACCGGGCCAGGUGAAUCAAAAUGAGUCAUAGAUCUCAAUGAUGAGACGAUGCAGUGCCUUGCACUAAGAAAUGUUACAUUAUGUGCUUUACUUUAAAGGAAAGGUGGAAUUCUGAGAGACAUUUUAAAUCAUUGAAUAGCUAAAUUGCACAUUAUUAUUGUUUUUUAUUUCAGUACAUUGUCUUGAUCUUUUA